UUAAAGAAAGUAAGUGUAAUUAUUGUUGGUUGUGCGGUGCGUUUUGAGUGUGGGUGUGAUAUCCGCGUCGUUUCUCUCUCCUACCACUCACCAAAAAGCUAGAAAAGGCGACUGUGUCAUGACUAGAAGAUGCAGAUGAUCCUCUGUAGAGCUGUACCUAAGGCCAUGGCGUCCUUCCCUCACUCUAGGCCCAGGAAGGAGCUAUGUGUGUGGCCCGGAAUGGGACAACUUUGCCUUAGAAAGAAUCUUUUGUAUGGAUUUAUGAGGCUUUUUUCAAUGCCAUUCAAAACCCUACGCAGUGUUAGCCGGACGGUUGGAGGAGUCUCAAAUUUUUGCAGUAUCACAAAUAUGUCAAACAGCUUGCAAAUUGAACAGGUACCUUGUCUUCAAGACAAUUAUGCUUAUCUUUUACAUGAUAUGGACACUGGAACUGUUGGAGUGGUUGAUCCUUCGGAAGCUGUUCCUAUCAUAGAUGCAUUGAACAGGAAAAAUUGGAAUUUGAAUUACAUACUCAACACUCAUCAUCAUUAUGAUCAUACUGGUGGCAACCUGGACUUAAAAGAAAGGUAUGGUGCAAAGGUUAUUGGUUCUGGUCUAGACAAGGAGAGAAUUCCUGGCAUUGACAUAGCUUUGAAUGAUGGAGACAAAUGGAAGUUUGCAAGCCAUGAGGUGCUUGUGAUGGAGACCCCUGGCCACACAAAAGGUCAUAUAAGUUUUUACUUUCCUGGAUCGAAGUCAAUUUUCACUGGAGACACUUUGUUCAGUUUAUCAUGUGGUAAACUUUUUGAAGGGACUCCCGCGCAGAUGCUCUCUUCCUUGAGGAAGAUUGUGGCGCUGCCAGAUGACACAAAUAUUUACUGUGGUCAUGAAUACACAUUGAGUAAUUCAAAGUUCGCCCUAUCUAUAGAACCUCAAAAUGAGGAGUUGAAGUCGUAUGCUUCCCUCAUAGCUCACCUCCGUAAUAAGGGCCUCCCAACGAUCCCAACCUCAUUAGGAAACGAGAAGCUGUGUAACCCGUUUCUUCGUACAUCAAGUGUGGAAAUUCGGAAGUCACUCAAAAUACCCGAGUCUGCAGAUGAUGCAGAGGUGCUAGGUGCCAUCCGUCAAGCCAAGGACAACUUCUAGAGUCGAUAAGGAGACUGGAGGGAGGUAUAUUACCAGCGACACUGACUUUUCUAGAAGUCUGCUAAACUCGAUUCGUGGAGUGAAGACGACUCAUACUGUGGCAUUGUUGGAGAAAGAAAGUGGUGACAUGGACAGAGUAAUGUAUGUAUAAGGUAGGUCCUUUACAGUGUGUUGGAUCCCAAGCUCUGAUUGAACUUUGCUUUGUUUGGAAGGCAAGAAUUCUCUGUUUUUAUCAAAUGAUGAAAUAUCGGGUUUCUCUUUUA